AUGAUAUCUCUAGACGAUCUAACUCCCAACAAUUUGGGCCUAAUAAACGUGAUAGCAUACGCGUCCUAUUCGGACCAGGAGCUCGAGGAAAUCAAAGAAUCUGGAGAACUCGCGCAAUAUGCAUACUACAACGAGGUCCCUGUGGGCUUGGUGAUCUGCAAGCCCCUCCAACCCGUGAACUCAAAAUCGCCUGCAGGUCUGCUGGUUGAUAAACUGUGCGUACUGCCUGCCUACAGCGGUAAGUAUGGUCUAGAAGAUAAAUUACUGGAGUACGUCGAGAAUGUUACAAGAAAGAGACACCUGGAUAAAAUAUAUGUGGUUACCGAGGAGCCGAGCCAAUGGCAAAAAUUUGGCUUUUCGUACGAGGACGCCUCGCAAGAACUUUAUCGGAACCUCAACCUGGUAAAAGAGGGCCAGCAGCUCUUGAGGAAGGCGCUGAACAACUGA